UGUAGUCUGAAGAUUCUAGCGGGAUUUACUCCUUUAUAUUUCUGUGUCAGCAUGUAUUCAAAACUGUAAACACCACAGAGGAAACGUCGAGACACAGUAAAGAGCAUCUAAAACUUACUAAGACUCAAGUAUUUAUUCGAGAGGAAGAGUUUAGCUAGUUAUAGCUGCAGUUGAUACAAUACAGUGAGGACAACAUAAGAUCAGAGAUGUGGACAGAAAUGAAACAGCGUGUGAAGAUGUGAAAUGAGACUGAUGAUGGGUCUGUUCACCUCUCUUCAGACUGAUGAUUGUCAGUCUGUUCUGAGGUAACACGGCUGAGACAAUUAUUAUGGUUUAUUUCAGAUGUAACGCAAUGUGUAAACACGAUUAAGGUUAAAACGCUGUGUUUUCCACACACUGUGGAUGUUUGUUUAUCCUCCUCUCUGAUACAGGCUGAUUCUUCACAAAGAUCAUGACUCUGAAAAGGGAGGUGUGCUCUGAUUGGCCAGUUCUCCAGUGUGUAGUGAUUGGUGGAAAAUUGUGAUUGACAGGUUCAGUGAAGCUCCUCCUACAGCAAUCCACCAAUAAAUUUGAAUAAAUCACUUCAGGAGUUCUUCAUACUGUUGCUGGAGGAGAAGAAGCUUGAGAACAUGAGAGAUCCAGAACUAUACAGAAUGAAAGAUGAAGAUACUGAGGAACAAAGAGAUAUGAUGGAAGUGAAUCAGGACAGUCAAGCUGAAGUGAAUGAUGCUGAUGGGAAUGUGAAAACAAUACAGAAUGUUUCACGAAAAGGAAGUCUGAGAACAAGAGACAAAACCCGUGGACAGAGUUUCACAGAAGUUGGACAAAAGAGAACUCGCAGUGGAGAAAAGUGUGAGAAGACUAACAGAAUUAAACAGCACAUGAAAACCCAAACUGUAGAGAAACCAUUCACAUGUGAUCAAUGUGGAAAGAGUUUUACACGUAAAGCUCACCUUAAGACACACAUGAGAAUCCACACUGGAGGGAAACCCUUCACAUGUGAUCAGUGUGAGAAGAGUUUUAGAUGUGAAAGUCACCUUCAGAUACACAUGAUGAUUCACACUGGAGAGAAACCCUUCAUAUGCCUUCUGUGUGGAAACAGUUUCGGAAGGUCAAGUGACCUUAAGACACACAUGAGGAUUCACACUGGAGAGAAACCUUUCAUGUGUCAUCACUGUGAAAAGAGUUUUUCAACUGCGGGGACCCUUACAAAACAUUUGAGAACUCACACUGGAGAAAGACCCUACACAUGUGAACAGUGUGGAAAGAGUUACAAAGAUAAAAGUUACCUUCAGGUACACAUGAGGAUUCACACUGGAGUGAAACCAUACCCAUGUGACCAGUGUGAAAAGAGUUUUACAACCUCAAGUGAUCUUAACUCACACAUGAGAACUCACACUGGAGUGAAACCAUACCUAUGCCAACAGUGUGAAAAGAGUUUUACAGUUAAAGGAAGCCUUCAGGUACACAUGAGGAUUCACACUGGAGUGAAACCAUACGCGUGUGAACAGUGUGGAAAGAGUUUUAUAAGUGUAAGUAACUUUAGGAGACACACAAGACUUCACACUGGUGUAAAACUUUAUGCUUGUGAUCAGUGUGGACAGAGUUUUUCAUGCAUGGGUAACCUGAAUAGACACAUGAGAUCUCACACUGGAGAGAAACCCUUCACAUGCCUUCUGUGUGGAAAGAGUUUAAGAUAUGAAGCUGACCUUAAGACACACAUGAGAAUUCACACCGGAGAGAAACCAUACCCAUGCCAACAGUGUGGAAAGAGUUUUAGAUGUACCAGUACCCUUAGGAGACACAUGAGAACUCACACUUGAAAAAACAUUGACAUGCUUUCUGUGUGGAAAAAACUUGUCCUCAAGAAACACAUGCAGGGUCGCUGCCAGGAAUUUUGGUCCCAAUGACAAAAAAUCUUAUUGGGGCCCCUGUCCUAACUGUCCCAUCACAAGCUUCACAUAACUCUAAUUAAAGGCUUGCAACUGUCUUGCUUCUUGUAGUUCAAUACUAGUACUAGCACAAUAUUUACUGCUGGUGAUUUGUACCUGUAUGCAAGUCUAGUAUGCAUUUCACUAUUUGAUGCAAGAUUAAAAGCAACCAUAAAAAAUGU